UCCUGAAUAUAUUCACUAUUUUCUUCAUAAUUUUAGACACAGAGUACGUGUUGUUGUGCAACGAACCAAACACGGGCGUGAGCAUGGAAAAUAGCAUGAAGACUAAUAUCAAUCAUGAGAAGGAAGCAUGACUUGCCGAUAUAUGGGGUUCCACAAGAUUCCCCACAUCCAAGCUCAUACCUAUUGUUACUGUAUUCUCAAAUGAAGAAAAGACCAAUAUCGGCCUAGCGCUUGGGGUAAUCCUUGGAGAUAUUUACAGCCAACAACAGAUAUAAAUGGAACUCUAAUUGCCUCUCAUCGCAAAAUGGAUAGAAGGUGGUGGCGAGCCCAGGCAGUCCGCUACCUAAUGAGAUUUCAGACUGAGUAUACGUGCAACUUGCUAAAUGCUGAACGUCAUGCGGCCUUUGGACGGGAAGCUGCAAAAUUGGUUCUUGCAACACCCGCUAAAGAAUGGCCAGAGGAAGUUAGAGAAGAACCGCAAUUUGAAAUGGAGCAAUUUGUAUGGUCCAAUCACAAACCGUGGAUGCCUAGGCCAUUGCUAAGCAUACAUGUGAUGAGGAUGGGCGAUAAGGCAUGUGAAAUGAAGAUAUUUGAAUUUGAAGAAUACAUGAAACGUGCUGAACGCAUAAGAAAGCACUUCCCACACCUUGUCAGCAUCUUGCUAUCCACGGAGAUGCAGGAAGUAAUUGAUAGAUCGAGAUCAUACCCCCAGUGGAAUUUCUACUACACAAACGUGACACGUCAGGUGAAGAACAUGUCAAUGGCUACUUACGAAGCCAGCCUGGGGAGGGAAACCAGCACAAAUUACCCUCUCGCUAAUUUCUUGAUGGCUGGGGAAUCAGAUUUCUUCGUCGGAGCCUUGGGUUCCAGUCGGUGCUUUCUUAUAGACGGAAUGAGGAACACGGGAGGAAAAGUUAUGGCUGGCUAUACAAGUGUCAACAAGGAUCGGUUUUGGUACUUAGAGAGUAAAUAUACAUAAAGAUGUCGGCUGGCG